UCGCGGGUGUGGCUUCAAACCAUCAACCUCGACCAGGGGACGGAACGCAUAACGGAGAACCUCAAUCAGGGGACGGAGCACAUAACGGAGAGGAGAACCACCAGGAUAACCACCGUCAGCCUCCUGGCACCGGAGCCCCAACCCUCGGUCUCACAGCUUGACUAAUUUAGAGAGAACUUCGGAGUCAUUUCGUGAGAACUUCGUGCCCGUUUUCGUGCGGACCUGCGCAGACGGCGGAAUCAGGACAGAGACCGUCACGCUUCAAGCAUCAAGCUUCUUAAAGUUCCGCAAAGUUGUUUGGUUUCCUGACGUGAAGAAGAGCAUCCCUGAUGUCUACUGACGGAACAUGAGUUAAACCUAACCUUAAAGACUUAAAGCUAAACCGACUUAAAGCUAUAUCAACUAAAGAAAUCACUGCGUUGUUUACCACUGUUCUCCUUUGGUACCAACAUCUGCCUCCACAGCUUCAACCACCAGAGAAGCAAGUUCUUCAGCUCCAGUUGUAGCAGUGAGGACGAAGCCUUUCUGAGUGAAGUUAAGGUUAGGGUUAAGGGCUAGGGUUAAGGGUUAAGGUUAAGAUAAUUUCCUGUGGAGCGGUCCAACCAGCAGCAGUCCUGAAGCGCGCGCUAGGAACCAUGGGUUGCACCGUCAGCCAGGAGGACAAGGCGGCAGCCGAAAGGUCCAAGAUGAUCGACAAGAACCUCCGGGAGGAUGGCGAGAAGGCGGCCCGGGAGGUGAAGCUGCUUCUGCUGGGCGCUGGCGAGUCAGGGAAGAGCACCAUUGUGAAGCAGAUGAAGAUCAUCCAUGAAGACGGCUACUCAGAAGACGAGUGCAAGCAGUACCGCGCGGUGGUCUACAGCAACACCAUCCAGUCCAUCAUGGCCAUCAUCAAGGCCAUGGGCAACCUGAAGAUCAGCUACGAGGACGAGGCCAGGGUGGACGACGCCCGGCAGCUCUUCUCCCUCUCCUCGGGGGCCGAGGAGCAGGGGCUCCUCCCGGAGGAGCUCUCCCACGUCAUCCAGCGGCUGUGGGCCGACGGGGGCGUGCAGGGCUGCUUCACCCGCGCCCGCGAGUACCAGCUCAACGACUCCGCCGCCUACUACCUGAACGACCUGGAGAGAAUAGGUAAGGGGGACUACAUCCCCACCCAGCAGGACGUGCUGAGGACCCGGGUGAAGACCACUGGCAUCGUGGAGACACACUUUACCUUCAAGGACCUGCACUUCAAGAUGUUUGACGUGGGAGGCCAGCGGUCGGAGAGGAAGAAGUGGAUCCACUGCUUCGAGGGCGUGACCGCCAUCAUCUUCUGCGUGGCCAUGAGCGCGUACGACCUGGUGCUGGCGGAGGACGAGGAGAUGAACCGGAUGCACGAGAGCAUGAAGCUGUUCGACUCCAUCUGCAACAACAAGUGGUUCACGGAGACCUCCAUCAUCCUGUUCCUCAACAAGAAGGACCUGUUUGAGGAGAAGAUCGCCCACAGCCCGCUCACCAUCUGCUUCCCCGAGUACAACGGCCCCAACAAGUACGAGGAGGCGCAGGCCUACAUCCAGACCAAGUUCGAGGACCUGAACAAGAAGAAGGACACCAAGGAGAUCUACUCCCACUUCACCUGUGCCACCGACACCAAGAACGUGCAGUUUGUGUUUGACGCCGUCACCGACGUCAUCAUCAAGAACAACCUCAAGGACUGCGGCCUCUUCUGAGGUCUGUGAGGCUCCGGUGACGAGAUGAACACAUGAAUGACUGCACUAUCAAACCACAAUCUCUGCUUUGAUCUGCUUUUUGUAAAGACGCCUGAAAGACUGAAAGGAAACAAAACAAGACUUCAGAUCGAUGGCUGAUCCAUUCGCUCGUAUGUUAGCUCUGGGCCUUGACCUCGAAUCAAGAUUUUGUUUUUGUAUUUUAGCUGUUUUCUUCCCCCCCUUUUUUUAUUUUCAAUUACUAGUUGAGGCACAGGAAAACAGUUUUAUAUAAAUGCAUUUGUUUUACUUUAGAAAAAAUCUGAUGUGCAAAUUAUUAAACUUUUAAUCGCAUAAAACUUAUUUUUAAAACGGAUGCACAGGCAUGGACAUGGAAUAUUAUCGGAAAGUGCUUUUUUUAAUAUUGUUUACAUACUUUGUCAUUCAUAGCCCAACCGGAUAUUGUUGUGCAUGAUUCAACAUGGAAAUAGAAUAUCUGUCUUCUGCACAAAUUAUCUUAACAUUCCUACAAAAAUACAUAAAAAUGUCAAAAAUAUGAAAAAAAAAAUAAACAAGUAAAAAGUGAUUAAAAAGUUGCUUCAACGAGAGGAAACGGUAAAAAAUCAAACUGAUAUCUGUAGUCUGUGACUCUGUCUGUCCCUGUGUGACUCUAUGACCGUGGUGACUCUCUCUCGCUCUGUCUGUGGCUCAAUGACCGUGGUGUCUCUCUCUCUCUCUCUCUCUCUCUCUCUCUCUCUUUC